GCAAGCAGCUGCAUUUUACUCUAGGAAGCUGUAUGCAAUGUUCGAAGAAGAGUUUAUCCAUGGAUCAUGUGGUCUUGAAUUGCAUGCCUCCAUAGAUGAUGAAACUGAAUUUUUUGUCAAGAGUUUGGAUGAUCAUAAGACAAACAGUAUUUGGGCAGUUCAUUUUGACAGCUUCACCAUGAAUAUUCAGUGUAGCUGCAGGAAGUUCGAAAUGAUGGGGGUACUGUGUGCACACUCUCUACGAGUUCUAAAUUUCUUACACAUUAAGAAAAUACCAGAUAAAUAUCUGCUCCUGAGAUGGUCAGAAAAUGCAAAGAGGGAUGUUUAUAACAGUUCCAGAUACAUGCAUCUGCAGCAGUCACAGUCCUCAAAUAAUAUUCAAGGCGACCUAUUAUUCGAAGCACACAUGCAGAAAGUUGCAUAUCAAUGUACCCGGAAAGCAAAGGGGAAUUCGGAAGCUGAGCAGCGCAUGAAGGAAUCCAUGAAGAAAUUAUCAUUGGACAUUGAAAACAUUUUGGUUGGUAAAGGUACUCAAUCAGGAAGACAACAAAGGAAAAAUAAAGCACCAGUCAAUAAUGAAUCAAAUAUGAAUGAUCCAGCUAAAAUGCGACCUAAAGGAAUAUCUAAUGCCAGACUGAAAGGGUAUUGGGAGAAAAAUAAAAGAUCAAAAGGCAAGCAAAAAAUUGUAUCAACAACCGAAGAACCCGAGACAUCACAACGUCAUCCACCCGCAUGUUCAUUACCCAAUUUUCUAACACAGUACAUCGAAACACACAUGCAGAAUUCAUUUCCUCCAAGGAACAGGGAAUCCUACACUGCGAUGAUGACAGAAUGCCUCAAUGAGAAAUCAAUCCCUCAGUGGUAA